AGAGGGGGGAGGAUUUGGGGAGUAAAAAAGUUAUCUUGUGGUGUGUGUGUGUAACAUCAUAGAUAAAGUGACUCCUGUCCAGCCACUCUCAGCAGGGAUAAUGAUGAUGACUCUAUCACUCAGACCUCCCCAUGUCCCCGAAACAGAGCUGGCUGGGAGAGGACACACACACACAUUUCAACUGGAACUAAUAAGAACAAGGAACUGACUGAACCCCCCCACACUCAGAAUACCAAGUGAAACCGAAUAAAUCCGAGACUCUCAGGGGGACACGCAUGCACGGAGCACAGAUUGAGGCCAGAUGUUUACAAUACAGAAACUGAGAAACAAGAUCCAUUUAUAAACCGAAAAGAAUAAUCCUGUUUUUCGUUUGGAAUAGAACAAUGGAAUAAUAUAAACAUUUAUUAUUGCCACGUAGCUAUAUGCAAUGCCUACAGUGGUUGAAUAGAAGGGCAGAUGUAUAGGCCUAUAGAGUUAAGCCUAAAUCUCUGUGAUCAACAACAGAUAGUCUAUAGCAGACUGACUUCCAAGCCUAAUAAUAACUGCGUAUCAGUGUUGGUUCAGCUUUAGCCAGAACCGAAAUCUUCUCCAUGACUCAAGUCAUGUUUUUGUUCUUCAUCGUGGCCUUGCCUGCUCCUCCCUCUCUUUCCCUCUCCCUCUCUCUUUCUGUGCGGGAGGAAGGGGGGCAGAAGUUAUAGUUACUCUCGCCUCCGCUUUUGUUCUGAAACCGGAGCGUAGCAGAGCAGGGCGCGAGGCGGUGGUCGGUAUGGCGGGAGGCUCGAGCGGCUUCACAUUUCUCGGGGUUCUGCUGCUCGCGGCCAUUCUGCUGCAGACCGUGGCCGUUACCGUCACCGUGCUCUACUUCACUAACGUCCUCAACACGAUGAAGGAGACAUUUGCAAGGAGCAGUGUGUCUUGUCUGACACGGUCUGACCUCAGAGGGGGGUACGUGCGCUCCCCGACCGAGGGGAGAGGAGACCCCUGCUGGCAGGUCACACAGCAACUACACACCCUCAUAGAGAAGUCUCUGUUUCAGCGAUAUCAGAGGGAGAUCUCCUCAGCAGUUAGAGGUGAGAUACACUACAUGACCAAAAACGAGAUGUCCAGGGUGUUGCCCUCACUGGCAAUGGAGGACCAGGCUUCUUCUCGCCCCAAAGUUGCCGCCCACGUCACUGGCAGCUUCGCUCCCAAAGCAGCGAGGGAGGGAGGAGGUUCUCCCGGGCGGCGUGUGCAGGGGCAGAAGAUCUCGUGGUGGGAGGGGCAUAAAGGGCUGGCAUUCCUUCAGGACGUUCGAUUGAUUGAUGGGGAGCUGGUGGUGCCUUGCCCAGGACUCUACUAUAUCUAUGCCCAGACCUACUUCAGACACACCCACCCUGGGGGAGAGGAGGGGGAGGAAGACGUGGAAGAGGAGAGGGAGCAGAGGGGGAGGCCCAUGUUGCAGUAUGUUUAUAAGAAAGUGUCUUCCUAUCCGGUACCCAUCCUGCUGAUGAAGACCAGCCGUACCUCCUGCUGGUCCCGGGACUCCCAGUUCUCUCUGCACUCCGCCCACCAGGGAGGGCUGUUCCCAUUGGCCACCGGGGACCGCCUCCUCGUCACCGUUAGCAACGCCUCCGCCAUCGACAUGGAUGAGAGGAGCAGCUUUUUCGGGGCUGUCCUGGUCAGCUAGUGGUCAGGAGUUAGUCUAUAUGGUGGCUUGGGGCUAACGGACACCAGCAUUCUCACUGUUUGGGAGCCAUAUGUGUGUGUGUACUGACAGACAGAUAUUCUGAGAGCUGUGUGUGAGUAUGUGUGUUUGUAUGCAUGCAUGGGUGUGUGUGUGUGGGUGUACAGAUGUACAAAGCUUUAAGCUCUGUGACUGCUAGGCUGAACAUGCGAGGAGGCGUGAGCAGAGCUGGUGUGGUUAUCCUAUUAUCUUCCACCCUGGUGCCGAUGGCCUAGCCUUCCCUCAUGGCUCAUCCAAUUAGCUGUGUCCGAAGCCAGCAGGCCUGUGCUGAUUAGAUGAAAAGCAGAUGAGUGGUGUGAGGUCGUGGGCCAAUGUCUGCUUUAGAACUUCAGGACAACUGACCGACAAUGAAUCAGUGAGGGGAUGAUUGUGGAUAACUGUCUUACUGCUCUUUUCAUAUUAAAAGGAUGAGUGUCUCUUUUUCCUGUUUUUUUUACUCUCAGAGAUGGGUUUUAAUGUAAAAUUUGAAUGUAGGGUGUUUUUGUGUUGUGAGUCUGUGUUAUAACUGUAAAUACAUUGAAUGUACGUUG